CUGCGGGAGCCGCGCCGGCUGCUGCCAUGGCUCAGUCUCCCUGCCCCGGGGAGCGCCGGGGCGUCCCUUCACCCCCGGCCGGGCGGGCGGGCGGAGGAAUGUGCCGAGGCCUUGGGAAGGGCCAGUCAGCCGCGUGAUUAUCCCCAUAACAACGGGAGCCAGGGGCCGGUCGCCCGGGGAGCAGUGAGCGGCUCUGGGCAAGCGGGACCCGCCUGGAAACCAAGCGGGAGCGGGCCAGCCGGGGCGCGCCUCUCCCGCCGCCCUGGGAGCUGCCAGGCCCUCCCGGGCCAGGAGGGGGCUGCACCUCCCGCUCGCUGCCGUUUCAGGACAGGGCUGGCCUGUGGUUCCCCCCUCCCCCAGUAAAUGCCUCAGGGAAAUCAUCGCUUCUUCCUCGUGUGGGGUGGGGUGCAGGAUAUGGCUUCCGUGCCACCUGAAUUUCUGUGCAAAACUGGUGCAAAAGAUGGCAGUGACCUCGCCCCUCUCUGGGGCAACAGGUGGAGACGAGGGCAUGGUCCUCACCAGGGCCGACUCCGGGGUUUUUGCCACCCCAAGCAGUGGAAAAAAAACACUGUUGCCAUCAGCUCUACCACCGCCACUUUAGAAUUUGGCAGCUGGGCCUUUGCUCCAAAAGGAAGUGAGGGACCCGUCCGAAGAGCCAGGCAUGCUGCCCCUCUCUGUUGGCUGUCCCAAGCACCUGCUUGCUGGGCUGGUGCCUGGAGUUGGCCCUGGUCCUCACUAGAAUUUCCAGCCAUUGCAUCAACUGCAGAGAAGUAAAAACACAAUUAACACCUGAUGUGGCAGAAGUAGUGCUGUUCUGAAGAGCUGCCAUUACAAAUGCUUCCCUUGAGACCCAAACUCUUGGCUGCGGAAGAUCUCUGGGUCUCAAACAGGCUUCCUUGUGAACAGCGUUUUGGACAGGAAAUCCCAGCACAGAAUUUACAUGCACUUAAGGAAAUAUGCUAUGAGGAAACAGCUUGUUCCAAACAGUACUUAAAAGGAACCAUGGAGGAACUGCUGUAUCUAAGAACAAAAAGAUGGUGACUUCUGAAAAUUACAUCACCAAAUGAGGAACCCACAAAGAAGACAUAACUUCUACUUGGCGGCACCUGACUUGCUGGAUCCCAAAUCUGCCACUCAGAACUCCAAACCACGGCUAUCAUUUUCUACAAAACCCACAGUGCUCUCAUCACGAGAGGAAUGUGAUUCAGCUAUUAAUGUUAUGAAAUGGAAGACGGUCUCAACGAUUUUUCUGGUGGUUGUUGUAUAUUUAAUAAUUGGAGCUACUGUCUUCAAAGCCCUGGAACAGCCACAUGAAACUUCUCAAAGAGCCACCAUUGUGAUUCAGAAGCAGACAUUUGUAUCUGAGCAUUCUUGUGUGAAUGCAUCGGAGCUCGAUGAACUAAUUCAGCAUGUAGUGGCAGCAAUAAAUACAGGAAUCAUACCUUUAAGAAACACAUCUCAAAUCAGUCACUGGGACUUGGGAAGUUCCUUCUUCUUUGCUGGCACUGUUAUUACCACCAUAGGCUUUGGGAACAUCUCGCCACGUACAGAAGGUGGAAAGAUAUUCUGUAUCAUCUAUGCCUUAUUGGGAAUUCCUCUGUUUGGUUUUCUGUUGGCUGGAGUUGGAGAUCAACUAGGGACCAUAUUUGGAAAAGGAAUUGCCAAAGUAGAAGAUACAUUUGUUAAAUGGAAUGUGAGUCAGACAAAGAUUCGCAUCAUAUCAACAAUAAUAUUCAUAUUGUUUGGCUGUGUGCUGUUUGUUGCUCUUCCUGCCGUAAUAUUCAAGCAUAUAGAAGGCUGGAGCACACUAGAUGCAAUUUAUUUUGUAGUUAUCACUUUAACUACCAUUGGAUUUGGUGACUAUGUUGCAGGGGGAUCAGAUAUUGAAUACCUUGAUUUUUACAAGCCAGUGGUAUGGUUCUGGAUCCUUGUAGGACUUGCUUAUUUUGCUGCUGUCCUGAGCAUGAUUGGAGACUGGCUAAGAGUCAUAUCAAAAAAGACAAAGGAAGAGGUGGGAGAGUUCAGAGCUCACGCUGCCGAAUGGACAGCCAAUGUCACGGCAGAGUUCAAAGAAACCCGCAGGCGUCUAAGUGUGGAGAUUUAUGACAAGUUUCAACGGGCUACCUCCAUCAAAAGGAAGCUCUCUGCAGAACUCGCUGUCAACCACAGUCAAGAUCUGACCCCUUGCAAGAGAACCCUGUCAGUCAACCACCUCACCAGCGAGAAGGACAUCUUGCCUGCUCUAACAAAGACAGACAGCAUUUAUAUGAAUGGUUUGACUCCUCACUGUGCGGCAGAAGAUAUUGCUGUGAUUGAAAACAUUAAGUAGUGCUGACUUUGGAUGCCGAUCCUUGGAGAAGCUCUUGGCUUAAACUAGCCAUAUACUUCCUUUUUUUCCUAUCCAUGAUUGAUGCUAGUAGCAUUUUAUACAUGUGCAUGAGUUCAACAGAAACCACCACAAUAGCGAUUCAGUGUCACCAUCAUAUCUCUUCAGACACGAGAUGAAUGGAAUUUCUGUUGUUGAUAGAUGCUGGAGCAAGCAACAUCCAAUGCCUUUUUGUGCUCAGACUGUUGUUCAUUUCUCCUAAUGUGCCAUAUGGCCUAAAGAAUGAAUUAUAUUUGUUUAUGUUAACAAUGUAGCUUUGAGGGAUCAGUCCUUAAAUUUUCAGGGUCUACCUUACUGAGCCUAGGAAUGGACCAUUUAUGGACUACAACACAUUUGUAAAUGGCAAGAAAUUCUUAUGCAGCCUUUUACCUAAGAAAUUUUUGUCAGUGCCUUAUCUUUUGAAGAAACAGAACCUCUAUAACUCUUGUAUGGUUUGUGUUUGUUUGUUUAUUUGUUUUUUGCAUGAGUAAUGUAUUUCAUUUGAGCUUUCAUCUUGCCUGAAAUGAUGACGUUUUAAAGGUGUCUUUAGUGAAGAUACCAGCUUUGAGAAUGGAUGCCAAAAAUCAACAGACAUCAAAGCCACACUCCUAAAUCUAGCUUUAAAGGCACUGCAGUUACAAGAGUUGCAAAAAUGUCCCCUGGAAAUAUUUAUUUUACUCACAUCCAAGUGAUGCAUGCUCACACUAUAUUAGAACCAGACCUGUAGGGUUUAUGGAUCCAUUUUGAGUUUUAUUUUUCAAGCAUUGUUCAGCAAUGUUAUCCCAUGUGUCAGAUUACCAAAAAUCUCCAGUUAUGUGUAAUUAAAUUAUUUGCUAGAUGACAAGAGCAAGUAGAAGUUAAUACUAUGUGGAAAUGUUUUAAAUUGAUGCAUUCUAAUAACCAUACUCAUGAAAACAUUACAGAAAAAUACCACAGCAAUUUCUAAUAAUCAUAAAUCUGCUCCCAGAAAGUUACUCUACGAAAAGAAUUUUAAACUUUUUAUUUAAGCCGAGUCACACCAGGCACCUACUGGAUCCUACUGGAGUGCUUUCCUGAAUGUCACACUGUACAUUGGUUGCCUACGCCGGAACUGUGACUGAUGUGGGAAUGCAAUUGAAACUGGUAUCACUGUGACUUUCUACAUAUAAAAUACAGACUUCUCUGAAUACAAUUACAGGCAUGAAGGAAAGCUGAUAAAUAGCACAAUCUGAAUGCUGAUGAUUGUUCAGAUAGGAUAGGCUGACGAUACGCAGAUCUGAAACCAAUCCUUGGGGUUUCUGUGUUUGUUUUAAAGAAAAGCAUUGACUUUAAUUCUAUAUCUGUUGUUUUGUUUAUAGUUGUGUGUGAGAUUCAGAAGGAAUGCAGGAUAAAAACAAGGAAUGGAUAAUUUUGUCUUUUUUAAAUUUUUUCAUAUUUUAGUCUAUGUAAGCUGGCUGUACAUAAAAUGAAUAUAACAGGCCCUAAGGGAAUAAUUUAGGCUCUGUGCAAAUUAAAGAAAAAUUAGACUUUGUUGAUUGGCCAUGACGAAAAUGACAAAUUUGUAGCAUUUAUGACCAUUAGAUAACAUACAAAAUAUGAAUGUUAAUGUUCUGGAUGUUUAAUCUUGUUCUCUGAUUAAUCAAUGCUAUCAGUGUAAAUAUCAGUCAGUUAACAUUUACAGAGAGUAAGCUUUUAAAAUAAGGAAAGUUCCAUGAAAUAGUACCAGGCCAUGCUCUUUUAAAAGAAAAAGACCCCUGUC